CCGGCCGCCGACUCCUCCUCUUCCGGCGCGUCACUUUUGGGUUUUGUUUCCCGCCAAAAAAACCCCGCGUAAUGGCCGACGUCUUCUCACGCGCCGUGGCCCACAAAGUGAGCCGGGCGCGAUGGCGCCCCGCGACCCCCGGCUCCCUCGCGGCGCCCGCGGAAUUCGCCACGGGCAGCUGGGACGCGCAGCACGAGAACAAGGUUUGCCUCUGGUCACUGUCGGAGGAGGUGGCCGGGGAGCCCAGAGCCGUGUGUGAGGCCAAGCACAGCGGUGACGUCAUGGACAUGCAGUUUUUGGAUCGGCAGAGCGUGAUAACGGCUUCGUCGGUGGGCUCGCUCGCAAUCCUGACGAUACCAGACGACGGCAAGACCCUCCGCGCGCCUCGCUGCUUACCCGUGCACCGGGGGGUCUGCACGUCCGUGUCGGCGCGGGGACAGCAAGCGGCCUCGGUGGGCGAGGACGGCCUCCUGGCCCUCGUGGACGUCGCCGUGGCGACGGUGCUGCGCCGCUACGGUGCCCGUGCCGUGCCGUGCCGGGGCGGUGGGGUUGACUGGGCGGACUGCACGUCCCUGCAUGCCGUGCGGCACGCCACCUCAUCGGGCGUCCUUGCCGUCAACUCGCUGGGCCAGCUGAAGCACUGGGACAUGCGCAGAGACGACCUGGAGCCCACCGCCAUCAUGGCCUCGCCGGGGUGCAGCUUGCCCCUGCUGUGCGUGUGCGUGCACCCCAGCCAGCCCCACGUCGUGGCGGUGGGUGGCGAAGACGGCACUCUGCAGCUGUGGGACGUGCGUCAGCGGCAAGCCCCCACCGCCCUGCUGCAGGGGCACACGGCCGAGAUGUGGGAGGUGCAGUUCCACCCGACGGCCCCCGAGAACCUCUUCACGUGCUCGCAGGACGGCUCCCUGUGGCACUGGAGGGUGAACGACGGCUUCUCAGGGCCAGUCGCUAGGCCCGGUGCUGUCCCCACGGCCCCUCCCGGGCCGGCCUCCCCCGGCUCCGUCUCGUCGGCCGUGGCGGCCCAGCCAGCUCGGCCCGGGCGGGCAGGGGGCGGCUGCGGCUGGCUGGGCCACCCGUCCACGUCGGGGCUGCUCAUCGACAGCCUCCUGCCGCCCGUGGGGGCCCCGCUCAACGGGCUGGACGCGGCGGGGACGCGGCUCGUGUGCGGCGGAGACACCGAGAAGGUUUACGUGUGCACCGGCAUCGCCGCUCACUGACGGGCGGCGGCGGCGGCGGCG